AGCAGCUGGAUGUACAGAUUCAUUAGUAGAAAAAUGUCAAGACGCUGCUCUCGUAACACAUUGCAAGAAAGGAAUAAAAAUGCACCAGAUCAGCAAACUACAUGUUCAAGGAAAAGAAAAGCAGAGCCAUGCAAAAGAAAAACACCAGUUGCAGCUAAGAAACAAAGUUAUGAAAUUCAGAACCGAUGGGUGGAAGGUGAGGUUAGCCCCUGCGUCCUUGUUGAAACCCCUCAAAAAGAGUUGGAGACAAGCAACGUGUCUGGUUUUAAACGCUUCCGAUUUCAAAAUCUCUUCAUCAACCCUUCGCCGCUGCCAUGUCUCAGUUGGGCCAGCUCUGAUGAUGUAUGGAUCAAAAUGUUGAAUAAGGAGCUGAAGUAUGUUCAUGACAAGACCUUCAUGGAGCAGCAUCCAAGCCUGCAGCCCAAAAUGAGGGCUAUUCUCCUCGACUGGCUUCUAGAGGUAAGUGAGGUGUAUACACUUCACCGUGAGACGUUUUACCUGGCUCAGGACUUAUCUGAUCGCUUCAUGAUGACUCAAGUGGGGAUCGGCAAGAACCAGUUGCAACUCAUCGGCAUUACCUCAUUGUUUAUAGCAGCUAAAAUGGAGGAAAUUUACCCACCAAAGCUUCACGAAUUUGCCUACGUCACAGAUGGUGCCUGUGACGAAGAUGAAAUACUUGAAAUGGAACUUAUUAUGCUAAAGGCAUUAAACUGGGAGCUCUGUCCGGAGACUGUUGUCUCUUGGUUAAAACUUUAUUCGCAAGUGGAUUCUCUGAAGGAUGGCUCAAAUUUUCUUGUGCCUCAGUUUGCUCAGGAAACGUAUAUAAAAAUCAUCCAGCUGCUGGAUCUUUGUAUUCUGGAUAUAAACUCAUUAGAUUACCAGUAUGGUGUGUUGGCUGCUGCUGCAUUUUGUCACUUUACUUCAUUUGAAACUGUCCAAAGAGUAUCUGGUCUGACCUGGGACAGUAUCUCAAGCUGUGUGCAAUGGAUGGCUCCAUUUGUAAGGACUGUAAAUGAAUAUGACCAACCAAAGCUAAAGGAAUUCAAAAAGGUUGCAGCUGAUGACUGGCACAACAUCCAGACUCAUGUAGACUACCUGGCCAUGUUGAAUGCCGCUCAGCAGCGACAACAGGAGAACUUGGACUUAAAUUUGGGGUCUCCGAUGGCUGUCAGCGGUUUGCUGACUCCACCCAAAAGCACAGAAAAACCCACUCACUCUUAGCGAUGAGUUUGCUGUCGUCAUUUCUUUAUUUUUUUAAUUGAAAUGCAAGCGUUACUGUGUGAAGAGUUCUGGAUGUAUUAGUGUUGAGCGACUACACGCCCUUCAACUUAGGCACGUUGCCAUGGUUUUGGAAAUGGUGCAAGUGUUUAAAGCAGCGAGCCUUUCAAAGACCAAAAGACUGUUUACAAGCCCUACACGAAGAUUGUAAGGUCCCAUUUCUUAAGAGCAAUCGACAGUGUUGUGUUUAUGAUUGCUCAUUGUGUGAUUUGUUUAUUUUUUAAGGUAUGAAUGGUAAGCAAACUAUUACAUUGCCAUAGGAUGUCUAGUAUGUGCUGCUUUUAUUUCUGGUCAUUGUGAAGCUGAACUGCUGCGUGGACUGAAACUGGUGUAGACAUAGUACUGUAUUUCCACAUAUGCUGCAGUGUUUCAGUUUCUAGGAACACAUUCCUUAAAGACUGGUUAUUUUUUCCACUCUGAGAUGAGUGUAAUGAAAUGUACAAUUGCUGAAGUAUUUCAUAUUUAUGUUACUACGUUUCUAUUUUAAAUGUAUUGAAUUAGCAUUGCUGGUAGAAAUCAGCCUAUUGCCAAAGGCAACUAUUUAAUUCAUUUGGUGCUUCUUAUUUAUGAAUUACUGUAAGCUACAGUAUUGUACUGGACCUUACUUUUGUAGCAAGACUUGACAACUUUACUCCCGUGGAUAGUUUUGGGAGCCAAAUACAGUGCCUGUAAAGUAGAUUUUGAAAAGAUGAGAAAAUGAACCUUGUAUAACUGUAUAUAAGAGGCUAUGUGUACAUAUUGUGAUUUCCUGCAUCAAUGUGAAAUAUUAAAGGU